CGGCGCACCAAACGCUCCGCACUAUUUGCGCAAUCACUUCUCUGUGAGCAGGAGAGGAGGAGUUAAGCGGCUCUCUAUUCGGACCUCUCUCCCGCAGUCUGUCCUUCUCUUCCUCCUACUUCAUCUCGACAUCGGUCUUGGCUGUGACCCAUCACUACAGUCAUGGCACCCAAAAAGAACAAGGCUGCUAAGAAGAUCAAAGCUGACAUCAAUGAGAUGACAAUUAUGUUAGAGGACAGUCCCACCAAUAAAAUCAAUGGUCUCAACACUCUCCUGGAAGGUGGAAACAGCUUUAGUUGCAUCUCAACGGAGGUCACUGACUCAGGCUAUGCACCCAACCUCUUGGAGGGUCUUGGCCACAUGAGGCAAGACAGCUUCCUCUGUGAUCUGACUGUAGCAACCAAAUCCAAAUCCUUUGAUGUUCACAAAGUCGUGAUGGCUUCCUGCAGUGAGUACAUCAAUAACAUGCUCAGGAAGGAUCCAGCCCUCAAGAAGAUUGAGCUCAGUGAUUUGUCCCCAGUCGGUCUGGCUACAGUCAUCACAUACGCCUAUUCUGGAAAACUGACCUUGUCUUUGUACACCAUUGGUAGCACGAUAUCAGCAGCCACGAUGUUGCAGAUCCAUUCUCUGGUGAAGAUGUGCAGCGAGUUCUUGAUGCGGGAGAUCAGUGUGGAGAACUGCAUGUAUGUUGUCAACAUCGCUGACACGCACAAUCUGAAAGAGACGAAAGAGGGUGCUCAGAAGUUCAUGCGGGAGAACUUCAUUGAAUUCUCCGAAAUGGAACAGUUCCUAAAGCUCACCUAUGAGCAGAUCAGCGAAUUUCUCAUGGACGACUCGCUCCAGUUGCCCUCUGAGCUCACAGCUUUCCAGAUCGCAAUGAAGUGGUUAGACUUCGAUGAGAAGAGGCUGAAGUAUGCUCCUGAUCUGCUGUCAAGCAUCCGCUUUGGAACCAUCUCACCCCAGGAUCUUGUUAGUCACGUGCAGAUCGUUCCCAGGAUGAUGCAAGAUUCUGAGUGCCACCGUCUGUUGGUCGAUGCCAUGAAUUACCACCUGCUGCCAUUCCAGCAGAACAUCCUGCAAUCCAGAAGAACCAAGGUCCGUGGAGGACAACGAGUGCUGCUCACAGUGGGAGGCCGGCCUGCCCUAACUGAAAAAUCUCUCAGCAAGGACAUUCUCUACAGGGAUGAUGACAGUGUCUGGAACAAGCUCACGGAGAUGCCGGCGAAGAGCUUCAAUCAAUGUGUUGCUGUUUUGGACGGCUUCCUUUACGUGGCUGGUGGUGAAGACCAGAAUGAUGCUAGGAACCAAGCAAAACAUGCCGUCAGCAAUUUCGUCAGAUAUGACCCCCGAUUCAACACGUGGAUCCACCUGGCGAACAUGAUUCAAAAGCGCACACAUUUCAGCCUCAACACCUUCAAUGGUCUCCUGUUUGCUGUAGGGGGGCGUAAUUCUGAUGGCUGCCAGGCAUCUGUCGAGUGCUACGUCCCAUCCUCUAACCAAUGGCAAAUGAAAGCAGCUAUGGAAGUCCCUAGAUGUUGCCACGCUAGCACAGUUAUUGAUGGCAAGAUCUUGGUUAGUGGUGGUUACAUUAACAACGCCUACUCUCGUGCUGUAUGUUCUUAUGACCCAUCCACCGAUAGCUGGCAGGAUAAGAACAGCCUGAGCACCCCGCGAGGAUGGCACUGUUCAGUGAGCGUCGGAGAUCGUGCCUAUGUUCUUGGUGGCAGCCAAUUGGGCGGCCGUGGCGAGAGGGUUGAUGUCUUGCCAGUUGAAUGUUACAACCCUCACUCUGGCCAGUGGAGCUAUGUCGCCCCCUUGCUCACAGGAGUGAGCACAGCUGGUGCUGUUACCUUAAAUAACAAGAUUUACCUCCUAGGUGGCUGGAAUGAGAUUGAGAAGAAGUAUAAAAAAUGCAUUCAGGUGUAUAACCCCGAUAUCAACGAAUGGACUGAGGAUGAUGAAUUGCCAGAGGCAACGGUUGGUAUCUCAUGUUGUGUUGUAACCAUCCCCACACGCAAAACACGAGAGUCGAGGGCCAGCUCUGUAUUGUCAGCACCAGUUAGUAUAUAAGCAGCGUGGGAGUAGUGGGGAAAUGUAUUUGAGUUCCUAAAUGUAAUAAAAGUUUUAUCUUA